CUUAAUUAGGAAAGGCCAUCAUACUUUUCUGAUUAAAUUGCGGUAUUGAUACCAAAAUAGGUCAAUAUAAGUAAUUAAGUGUUUAAAGAAAAAUAUUUUCAUAGAAUUUUCCCAUAUUUUACAUAUUAGGUAUUACACAACAAACUUACCUGAAGCAGCGUGCUGUUUGGAAACAGCAGUACUUGUCUCUUGCUCCUACUCAGCACAUCACUGGGUAUGUCUAUCUCUUUCAUACUUAUUGUUAAGUGAAACAGAUUUAUCGCAAAAGAGAGUGUCAACAGAUUUUCGUAUGAGAACAUGGUGUUAAAGCAACGGGUUGGCUCUGAGUGAUUUGGAAUGGUAAAGUUUAAGUGUUAGACUAGUUUUAGGAGAUGGUUACCGUUGUUAAUGGUAGAUCAUAAGUACUUAAUGUAAUUCGUAUUUUGUUAUGGAGAAAACUAAUUUCUUUGAAGAGUAGAAUUAGGUAGGGGGUGUUUAGAAUCGAUAUAUUAGACUAAUCGAGGCUAAUGCAAAUUGUAAUGAUUGGUUAUAAUUAAAGAGUAAUUUAAAAAUUACAUCGAUUCCGAAUUACAAGAAAUACCUCAAUAUGUCGCAAGUCAUUGUUAAGCAAAACAAAACCGAGUUCAAUGAACUUUGAUAAGAAAGAGAAAAAAACCCUUAUAAAAAACGAAACAAACUCUGAAUGUAUUAACAAUUAUUAUACAUUUGUAAAUAAAGAUCUAUUUACUCAAAAACUUCCUCUUAAUAAGCUUAGACGGCGAGUGUAAGAAACAGUUGGACACUUAAUACGUCAAUUUGUAGGUCCGGUCGCGUGACUGUUGCUGUUGUGUAAACGUAUUAGUGCGAAGUCGGGAUGUCAUGUGACACAGAGAUUUAAAAGCGGUAAGGUAGCGGGUACCAUGGUGGAAGAAUUUGAGGCAGAAUGUUCUACACUUGUUGGGAUCUUUUUGUAUGUAAUCUUUCAUCGUAGUUUGGUUUUUCCCAUGAAUAUUCUCAUGUUAAUUCAAAAUCUUUUGUCUAAAUGGUAUUUCUAAGUCUUUUGCAGUCUAUCUGGUUGUCACCUUUUUUUAACAAUGACCGCAAAAUUUUCAAUUACCUCAUUUCCUCGUAAACGUUUCUUAUUUUAAUUUUGUAACUCUAUUCGCUUAAGAAAUGUCCAAAGAACUCACGACGAGACAGAGCGUCUAAAGUUCUUACUCGUUGUGAACACAGCCUUACAAUUUUGGUUUAGACGGGCCAGGUGCAUUGACGUUUAAACGCGUGGCUGUGAGACACGUAGAAAAAUGUGAUUUCCCCUGUUCUGAUUAUAUUGUUUCAUUUGCAAAUAUAAGCCGAUUUGGAAAAAUGAGGUAAGCCAGCAUCGUAUCCUAUUGUUAACUUUCUGUGCUUUUAAAUUGUUUUUCUACACGUCGAAACUUGAUGUUAGAAGCCAACAGUUAUAAAUUUGCGGAAAGUUUUUGUUUCACACUUAUAAUCGUAGUUAUGAGUGUAUUGAAACUUCAACUGAACGUUUUUAAUAUUUAGGAUAUUCUCAGACUUACGGUAGAACCUUGUAUUUCAAUUGUCCAUACGAACGGUACGUGUCACUGAGAUUUGUUCCUGCGGUAGCCUAUUCAUUCAUUUAAAAGAUGAAAACUCACUCAGAACUUGAACCAGUUACUAUGAAGAAUUAGUACUACAUAAUCUUUACGGUUGCACCCAAAAAGUAGAGCACAUUUUCAUUCCUAACGAAGAUAUAGAUUGUCAUACAAUAGAUUGUUUAUGAACCUAAUACCAAAACUGUUUCGUCCAAUUCCAGUCGACUGAAAUGCACUUUGAUUUUCGGAGUUUUAAUGAUCAUCAUUAACGUGAAUGCCGAUGAUGAAGAAGAACACAAAGCGAUGGUUAAAAGACAAAUCAACAGCAUACCCCUUGUCUAUCCUUAUGGCGCCACUUACAAGCUCCUCAUAGGCUUCUCGACACCAAUAAAGGCCGAAGACUACAUCAGUCUGGCCUUCGCAGCGAACUUCCAGUACCAGUACGCCCAGUUCCAGAACAUCUCGCAGCUGUCACAAUACUACUUCAUCAAGACGGUGUCGAGAGAGCAGAGGGAUGCUGAACUAGAGGCGAGGAAGGAUGAGAGGCUUACCUUCUAUACCGCGGUAGCUGAUAUGUUGAACUCAAAAGGCUUCAAUGGUGAGGAGUGUGUCAACAGAGCGAUUUGUGAAGCAGCGCAGUAUCCAGUUGAAGAAGAAGGUCUAGUUGGAGAAAUACUACACAUACUGCUGACACCAGAUUACGGGAAAACCCCCUUCGACGAUAGAGACCGGGAGUUGGAAGAUCUGAUGGCAUCAUACUAUGACGCUGCGACAGCUGGACGGCAGAUGUUUGACUGUGCCUCUAUAUACCCCAGCUGCCCAGAAGGACAGGGACUUAUGGAAAUGUUCAGUAUUCUGAGAGAUGAAUGAGUUGGCAAAAUAACGGUUUAAACGGUUUUCUCUAAUGAUAUUUUUUCAAUGAGUUUAUUAUGAUAUCUUGUGUUUUGUUUUUAUGUAACGCACGUCAAUAUUAAAGAAUUUGAAUUGUAAAAUCCUUUAUUCAGAAUUAAUCGUCAAAAAAGGCUUUUUCUGGAUGUUGUGUCACUAUUAUAAAACCACAUUGAUGUUGAUUAGGA